AUUUCUUCCACUUCAGGUGGCAUCUGUACCGGCAAGCCCGUUUUCCAGGCAGCCCCAGGCCUGGCCAGUGCCAGGCAACAACAUGACCCACCAGACGCCGGCAAGUACACGCCAGCCAGAACAAGCAAGCUGGCAGCCGGAGAGGAUGCCUCUUCGUGUCGCAAGCCGAUGAGAUGCCUGACCGAGGUUGACAAAAAUCUCGCAUUUCGUCCCGACAUCCCGGAACUCGGCGAUGAAGAUGAGUGCGGCCGAUUUGAGCUCGUGAAAGCGGGAGAGACCAUCGGGCCCGAGGGGCCCGGCGGCUCUUCGCUGUACUCUUUGAUGAACGGCUUCCUGACGGAGGAGAGUCUGGGCGGCAGCGCCGGUACCGAGGCCCAGGGCGGCGGGGAGCCCGUGAACCUUGUGGGCCUAGGAUCCUCGAGUGAAUUGGAGGCAGCCGUGGAAACCAGCUUGCUCGGAUUCGGCAAGUCGAAGAGCCGAGUCAGCAGUCGAGGAUUUCUGAACGCGGCUGGCGAGUUCACACCACCUCGACUGGGCAAACACACUCUUGUCGACCAUAGCAACUGGUCGCCAGGUGCCAGCGCUCUGCUGCCCGGCUGGCUGAUGACGACCGACCCGCGCCAGGCGCGCCUCGGCUCGGCCCCCUGGGCCUGGCCCUGGCCCUGGUCGUUCGCGGGACAGGGACCCGGACCGGACUCGAGCUCAGGACCGGUACCGGUCUCCGGAUCGAGAUUGGCCUCUGUUCGGGGCUCGAGCACCCCGACGAGCCAAGCUCGUCCGCUAUACUCUUCGGUGGAGCGAACGACGGGCUCGGCCAUGCUCGGCCGGUCGCAGCGACGCAGCAUCCAGACCGAGACCGCCGGGCCGACGAGCGCCGUUGUCUACGAGGAGAUGCGCUCGACAAGUGGCCUGACGAAGCGGCUGGCCGUGGCGACUGGACGCAGGCCGGAGACAGGACGCCGACACGAGGGCGGUGUCGAGGCGGGCCAGAAGAGUGAAGAGGCAAUGCCAGACGUUGCACAGACCUGCACCGACCGGUUGAUGCAGGAGCCGGGCAGAGCGGACACUGUCAGUCUGCAAGAGGGCAAAGUGAAGCAGCGGUUGCUAUGGCCAUGGCCGGGCCAGACGAGGGGUGCUUCCAUGCAGGUGGGUCCUCAUCCUGAAAAAAUGCUGAUACAAUUACGCCUUCAGUCUGCACCACAGUCUGCUUUCAUAUGGACCAAAAGGAAGAGGAUUAAAGCCAGCAGUUGUGGCCAUGCGAGGGUAUAG